AUGGCGACCGUGUUGUAUUGUCCAUGUAACGUACGUCAACUACUGCCUCCCAUCCGCCGCAACCCAAGUGUAUUUUUUGUUACAACCAUAUUGUCGAAAUCAGCUGAAAACUCGUACCCUACAAAAGCCAUCAUCAAUAGUAGUAGUGUAGUUUGUGCUAUACCUCAGACAUCAUUACUACAGUUUUCUCCGGAUUCGUUGCAGUAUGAACAAGGUAUGGUGGGAGCUGUCCCGGAUGGUUGUGUGUGUGACUCGCCGAUUGGUGCAAUGGAGUACUUGACCGGCAUAUUGACUACCAAGGUUUAUGAUGUGGCGGUAGAGUCACCCCUGCAGCACGCGACAAAGCUGUCGGAGAGGCUUGGAGCUGAUAUAUGGCUGAAAAGAGAGGAUACUCAGCCGGUUUUUUCGUUCAAACUUCGUGGAGCAUAUAACAUGAUGGCAAAGCUUUCAAAGGAACAACUUGCGCAAGGCGUCAUAUGCUCUUCUACUGGAAAUCAUGCUCAAGGGGUUGCUUUAGCAGCCAAGAUUUUAGGCUCCAAUGCACUGAUUGCCAUGCCCUUUACAACGCCUCAAAUCAAGUGGGAGUCGGUUAAGGAUUUGGGCGCAACAGUUGUUCUUGUGGGAGGCACAUACGAUGAAGCACAAACGUAUGCCAAAAAAAGGGCGUUGGAGGAGUAUCGCGCCUUCAUCCCUCCUUUUGAUCACGUGGAUGUUAUAAUGGGCCAGGGAACUAUUGGAAUGGAGAUUGUACGCCAAUUGCAAGGCCCGAUACAUGCCAUAUUUGUGCCUGUGGGUGGAGGUGGCUUGAUAGCUGGUGUUGCUGCCUAUGUGAAGCGGGUUUUACCAGAGGUACGGAUUAUAGGGGUAGAGCCUGAUGACGCAAAUGCAAUGGCUUUGUCGUUGCAUCAUGGCCAAAGAGUUAUGCUUGAUCGAGUGGGUGGCUUUGCAGACGCCGUUGCAGUGAAAGAGGUUGGUGUUGAAACUUUUCGCCUAUGUAGGAAGUUAAUUGAUGGAGUAGUCCUUGUCAGCCGUGACGCUGUCUGUUCAUCCAUAAAGGAUAUGUUUGAGGAGAAAAGGAGUAUCCUUGAACCAGCUGGUGCCCUUGCUCUUGCUGGGGCAGAAGCAUAUUGCCGAUACUAUAACCUCAAGAAUACCAAUGUCGUAGCGAUAACCAGUGGAGCCAACAUGGAUUUCGAUAGAUUGAGAUUGGUAACUCAAAUGCUCACUUAAUCCACUCAACACUGGUUAAAAAAACAAACAGACCCGUAUCACUGUGAUGAAUUGAAGCACAUAUAUAUACGAUUCAAGUUAACAAAAAAAAAGCUCUGAUGAGGGUAUUUUUAAUGACGUUACUGGGAGGAUUCUGUAAAUAUUUUAAGGAACUGAGUGAUAAAAUCAUAAUAGACGAAAGAGAAUAAAUUUCAUCUUGAGAAAAGGAAAGGGCCUAAUUACCUUAUAUGAUAAAAAGUACGAGUAAUU